AUGGCGGGAACGGAUGAUGUAUUGCAGCAGAAAGUGGCUCUCGAAUGUAUCGUAGCCGCUGUGACCAGAAAAGGCAAAAUCGACGCGAUCAUAAAUCAAGGUGUUAAUAUAUUGAAAAAACUGUGCCAGUCUAAGGAUGAUUCAAUUCGGGUUCGAGCGUUAGUGGCUUUUUGCGAGAUGGGUAAUUCCGGAGACUCAGACGCGACUACCAGACCGUUCGCGUAUGGAGUGGCCCAGAAAUUGACCGAGGCUUGCAGAAAAUUGUUGAUUAAUCCAAAGAAAGGAACAAACAGUGUGAGAGAAUGGGCCAUAAAAGGUCUGUCGUAUCUGACUUUCAACACCGGAGUCAAAAAGAUGUUGAUCAAGGAUAAAAAAGUCAUUAAUAUGAUGAUCGAAAUCGCCAAGACUGGUGAUCAAUCGGUUCUCUUCGGCGUGCUUACGACGUUGGUGAACUUGUGCAACGCUUAUGACAAGCCUGAACCUGAGAUGAUAGAAUUGACAAAGUUUGUCAAAUAUCAUUUUCCCGAUGAAUCUGAACUGGACGAACGCUUCGUAGAUAGAUUGUGGGCAUUAGUGACCUACAAUGUGAUCAGCGUUCUGGUGAACCUCGCCAAAAUAGACAAUCAGAAGUGCAAGGAAUUGAUAGCACGCGUUUUCAACGCGAUAUGUAUUCUAGAGAGAGUGAGAGGAAUGGUUAUUAAUGAAGGUGGCACGGAGGCAUUGUUGUCGUUAGCGCUUGAUGGCACAGUCGAGGGAAAGAAACAAGCUUCGCAAGCUUUGGUCCGUUUGGCACUCACGGAUUGUCCUGAGAUUCCCGGUCAACUACUCACGAAGUUUGUUCAACCCAUCGUAAAUUUUCUGAACCCAGAAUGUUCCGUUAAUGACAAUUGCCAAACUCUAACAGCUUUGUGCAAUCUAGCUGAAGUCAACGACAGCAUGCGCAAACAUAUAUUCAAAGAAGGAGUAUUUCAGAAGCUUGAAGGCUUUAGGGCAUGCGAGGGGGUCUUUAUGUACAGUCUUUUGAGAUUGGCGUCUGCAAAACUUAUAAACCUGUUGUUUUUAAGCCGCGAAGUCGCUAUCAAGUAUUUCGAGCAGGAUAAUUUUCGAGUUGAGUAUCUUAUGUUAUUAUACAAGAACAAGAAUCAAAAUAUUAACUUCGCAGCAGCUGCAGCUCUAGUGAAGCUGACGGUGGCCAACAAAGAGGCUUGCAAGAAAGUUUUCGACUCGAAUUUCUGGCUGGAAUUUCUACGCUUUUUACUCACCAAUCCAAGCAAUAACGUACAAGAAAUGGGUGUUAUAUUUUUGCUAAGUAUGAUAAGAAACGUGGAAGAUGUUGCUGCAAAAAUCGAAACAGACAUAAUGGAACUACUGAGAGCAUUGAGAAAUAAGAAGAGUACCGUAGAGAACAAGAAUAUCAAGGAAUUGACAUCCAUUGCUUUAGAGACUGUUGCGGAACGAUCUAUAAGUAAAGAAGCACUCAGCGUAAUAAGAUGGGAACGUGAUACAGCAUGUCGAUUACGACAAUUAGACCUUCUAAAUCAUUUGGAAAUAAAGUUAUGGUUACACUUGUUGAAAGGUCGAUUAGUUGAAAAUCAGAGAAAAGCUAGGGUUUUCGAGCAGCAAAGAUUCGUUACGAAGAGGAAGCUGUCCGACAG